AUGUCUCAGUCUUUCAACCUAACGAACCCCGGUCGCAUCCUUCGCGUCGGCGUUAUCCUCCUGAAGGGUAUAGUAGAACUUAUUGACGUGGCACCUAUGGACCAAAUCCACGAGAUUAGCCACCAUUUCGUCGAUCCGCUGCCACCGUCGGUCGUCAUUGAAGACUUGAAGCCGCAAGCGCUUAAUACAGAAUACCACUGGGUCUCCGAAGCAGGGCCAGGGACACUUGUGAAUGGCACGAGUGGAAUAGUCUUAGCGCCAACUGACUCCUUUGAAACGUGUCCGCCCCUCGAUAUUGUUGUCAUUCCUGCAUCGGACUCAGCCGUGCGUAGCCCAGCCGAGCUAGAGUUUUUAAGAAAAAGUUACAAUGAGAGCUCUGCGUUUAUUGCCAUCUGCUAUGGCAUGUUAGCCCCAUUGCAGGCUGGCAUACUAGACGGAAAGACCGCAACAGCGCCUCGGUUCGACCUUGAUAGAUUCCGAGCUAUAGCUCCUGGCACAAAUUGGGUUGACAAGCGCUGGGCAAGAGAUGGGAAGCUAUGGACUAGUGGUGCGCUUCUAAAUGGGCUACACCUCAUGUCGGCCUUUAUCCAGGAGACUUGGCCCAGCGGAGAAGGCACACUUGUGGACGCAAUAAUGAAGAUGGGGGCAUGGCCAGAUGGUAGCCCAGACUACAGCGAUGCAGGGGAAAUGUAG